ACCUAGACAGUGUACUUUAGUACAGAUGCAACUCUCGGGAGAGAGUGUAUACCCAUUCGUUUUGCUUCUUAUCAAAUUGUACAUUGGAGAGGAAUUAUAACAUCAUAUUUAUAUAAUUUAAAAACAUGAAAUUAUAAAGUGUUGCUGUGCAGUCUAUGGAACACAUUUUUCGAAGAAAGCUAUUCUAAAGUUAUGGCGCAAUAUUAAGUUAAAUAAUUGUUUCUAUAUUGGUACACACGAUGUCGGCGACUGCACUAAGGAACAUGCUGCAUGUGAAAAUGUUGUGAAAUGCAUAGAGAAAUAUAAUACACAGGGCAGUGCAAUGUCAGAUGACUCAUAAGUCAUAAGAGAGUCGAUCACGUCAUAGUACGUUUACUGCACACUUGUAUGGUCUGCCGACUCCCGAAUCCCGACACGCACCGAAGCCAACUGCUAUGUCCGGGGAUAUACAGCUGCUGGUCCAAGGCUUAAAGGAACUGCAAGCUGCUAAGUACGACACUCGGGCGGACAUUCUAGCGAGCUGCUACCGAACCGCCCGAGUUCUAGAUCUCAUAUACGAUUUGGGCACAGAGAAAACUGAAAUAUCAAACGAAAACAAAGCUAUCAUAGGCCCGCUGCUCGAAAACUCGAUAAAGUCGAUCGAAAUCGAGAUAAAAAGUACUGCCCUAAAGUACAGGAGAAGAUUGGACACGGAAGCUCUGAGAAAACGGUCCGCGCUACAGUUUUUGAUCGACGAUUUUGGCGAUUUCUCAACGAAAACUCAGGGAAAGAAAUUCUCCGAGUAUUUCUCGGAUAUUAAUGAGCUAAUUGAGAUCCUAGACGAUUUGAUCUCCAAGUGGAAAGGCCGUGAGGAUCCUGACGAUCCGUCGUCUGAUCGCGACGAAGCAGAUAGUUUGCCGAACUCACAUACGUGGUGGAAAGACUAGCUUCAAACUUAAAGUAAAUAAGAAUAAAAAUAAUUGCACAACAUAAAAUAUCUCCUUGUGCGCAUUUUAAACACUUACAUUUAAAGAAAACCUAAAGCAUGGGUGUAGAUCCAGUAACGGGUAUAGUAAGUUUAACGAUUCUAACUGGUGUCGCUCUCGCUCUUUACAUUGAAGAGUGCGAGAGAGAAGAGGAACGAAGGAGACAACAAGAAGAGGAUAGAAGAAGAUGGCGGAAAGAAGAAGAGAAGAGGGAAAGGAAAGCAAGAACCGAAAGGUUGAGGGAGGAACGAGAAAGAAAAAAAAUGGAGAGGGAGGAACGAGAAAGAGAAAAAAUGGAGAUGGUGGAACGAGAAAGAAGAUAUAGAAUGGAAAGAGAGGAACGUAGAAGAAUGCAGGAAGAAGCUGAGGAACGAAGGCGGAAUGCUUCAUAUUUAUGUGGGUACGAUCCUUUUCAAACGUCAGAAGAAUAUCGUAGAUCACAGCCAUUCCAUACAACCAACCAGAGAGAAUAUUCUUUCAACUCGUAUAGUUAUGUGUAUGAUAAUGAAGCGAAAAAUGAAGAUUGCGCUUGUUGGUCUUGCAUACUACGCAGAGAUGGAAAGCCACCCGGAGCUGCAGACUUUUAUGAAACAUUUUCGUCUGAGUUUGACCCUUUUCAAACGUCAGAAGAACACUAUAGAUCAGAGCCAUUCCAUUCAUCCUAUAGGUAUGAUAAUGUAGCGGAAAAUAGAAAUUGCGAUUGUUGGUCUUACACAGGUGGAAGCCCACCUAGAGCGGUUAGCCCAUCUAGAGCCGUCAGUCUAUAUGACCCAUUUUCGUCUACAAAGGGAUCGGUAACUUUGACUAUUACACAAACACAGACUGCGCCCAAUAAAAACCAGAAUGAAGGGUCUAGUAACAAGCCCACUUCCAGCAGUAGUCAAAAUGCUACAUCCUCUAAAAGCACUUCUAAACAGAACACAAAUGCACCAAAAAAUCUAAGUUCCGGAUCUGAUCAACCACAGCGAAAUAACAAUAACAACAACAACAAUAAUAAUAACAGCGAUAAAAAAGAUACCGUUCAGGAACUUAAUGAUUUUAUGGAGAUAUUAAAAGCUAUUUUAGAUCGCUGCAAGGUUUCAAAAGAAUUACGUGAGAAAAUAUUGGCUUUUUUCAAUAAAUUUGAAAAACACGAGGAAAAUUUUUUGAGGCUGCUCGAGGAUUUCAGAAUUCAAAACAUCGCUAUAGAAGAUAUCGUUUCGAUCGUGGUUAGACUGUUCCAGUCGGACUACUUUGCGGAAGAUGUCGCUUAUCCAAACUUUUUAGCUCUGAUGGAAAUCGUCGCUAAGUACAUAAAAGACGAGCUCAUAAUCGAAAUGGUCGAAGACAGCAGAAGAGGAAGUAAGAAGUCCCACGAACAGCAGCGCGAGGAGUGCAUGAAGAAAGUUUUACAGCGCGAAAAUAUUUUGAGCGAGAUCACGGCUCUGUUUGAAGAAGUACGAAAAGAGAUCGCCGAAGACAACGAUAGAAAACCUCUGAACCCAGAUUUCUCUGGAAUUUUUGGGAAAGUGUAUCACUACAUUAAACAUAAAGUUGUCAGGGGUAAGGAAUGGACUGUAACAGAAUACUUCGAUUGGGUUCGCAAGGUCCUAGUCUUACUGAAGAACCUGACUCCCGAGUACGGAGAAUUAUGCAACGUCAAUCAUGCCAGACGGCAGAUCAUGUUUGAGAUGUAUUCAACUGCGUAUGGGGGGUAUUUUCGCAUCGUGGUGAGGGCCUACGGUCCUGUAAUUCAAAUCUGCACUUUCUUCCUAAGAGAGAAACGCGACAAAAAGGCUAAGGAUGGCGACAAAUACGUGGAUGGAAAGAAAAAAUCAUAAAGUGUAAAGCUGUAUCAAAUGUUUGCCUGUUUUUUCAGAGCGAAGGUCAUCGCAUGUUACACCAAUCGAUUCGAAACCAAAUACAAGAUCAGAUACAAGAUUUUAGUUGUUGCAUUUAAGUUGUAUAGCAGUGAAAACUUGACUUUAACUCUCGGUUGGUCCCUUGACUUUAACCCUUGAUUUGACUUUAACAUUAGCUUCGGUUAAAGUAACACCAUCGGUCACCUGGGGUCUUUGAAAGCCUGAACAGUAAAUGAAAUCACAUAAUUAGUGAAUUAAAUAAGUAACUAAAUUACAAGUAAAAUUGAUAUAUUUCUUAA